ACCGUGCUGCGCCCCUGCCCGGGGUGGAUCGUCGGUGGGACCGGAGCGCGGGCGGGCGCGCGCCCCCCGGGACCAUGGCCGGCUCCGACACCACGCCCUUCCUCAGCCAGGCGGAUGACCCAGAGGACGGGCCGGUGCCUGGCACCCCGGGGUUGCCGGGGUCUAUGGGGAGCGCCAAGUCCGGGGAGCCCGAGAUCCCGGAUCGCGAGGGGUUGCAGCGCAUCACCGGCUUGUCCCCGGCGCGCUCGGCCCUCAUAGUGGCCGUGCUGUGCUACAUCAACCUCCUGAACUACAUGGACCGCUUCACCGUGGCCGGAGUCCUCCCAGACAUCGAGCAGUUCUUCGACAUCGGAGACAGUAGCUCUGGCCUCAUCCAGACCGUGUUCAUCUCCAGUUACAUGGUGUUGGCACCUGUGUUUGGCUACCUGGGUGACAGGUACAAUCGGAAGUAUCUCAUGUGCGGGGGCAUUGCCUUCUGGUCCCUGGUGACACUGGGGUCAUCCUUCAUCCCCAGAGAGCGUUUCUGGCUGCUCCUCCUGACCCGGGGCCUGGUGGGGGUCGGGGAGGCCAGUUACUCCACCAUCGCGCCCACUCUCAUCGCCGACCUGUUCGUGGCCGACCAGCGGAGUCGCAUGCUCAGCGUGUUCUACUUUGCCAUCCCAGUGGGCAGUGGUCUGGGCUAUAUCGCAGGCUCCAAAGUGAAGGAUGUGGCUGGGGACUGGCACUGGGCCCUGAGGGUGACACCGGGUCUAGGAGUGGUGGCUGUCCUGCUGCUGUUCCUGGUCGUACGGGAGCCGCCACGGGGCGCCGUGGAACGUCACUCAGAUUCGCCACCCCUGAACCCCACCUCGUGGUGGGCAGAUCUGAGGGCUCUGGCAAGAAAUCCCAGUUUCACCCUGUCCUCCCUGGGCUUCACUGCCGUGGCCUUUGUCACGGGCUCCCUGGCGCUCUGGGCGCCCGCGUUCCUGCUGCGUUCCCGUGUGGUCCUGGGGGAGACUCCCCCCUGCCUCCCUGGAGACUCCUGCUCUUCCUCUGACAGUCUCAUCUUCGGGCUCAUCACCUGCUUGACCGGGGUCCUGGGUGUGGGCCUGGGCGUGGAGAUCAGCCGCCGCCUCCGCCGCUCCAAUCCUCGGGCCGACCCGCUGGUCUGCGCCGCUGGCCUCCUGGGCUCUGCACCCUUCCUCUUCCUGUCCCUCGCCUGCGCCCGUGGUAGCAUCGUGGCCACCUACAUUUUCAUCUUUAUUGGAGAGACCCUGCUGUCCAUGAACUGGGCCAUUGUGGCUGACAUUCUGCUGUACGUGGUGAUUCCCACUCGCCGCUCCACUGCCGAGGCAUUCCAGAUUGUGCUGUCCCACCUGCUGGGCGACGCGGGGAGCCCCUACCUCAUUGGCCUGAUCUCUGACCGCCUCCGUCGGAGCUGGCCGCCCUCCUUCCUGUCCGAGUUCCGGGCCCUGCAGCUGUCCCUCAUGCUCUGUGCCUUUGUGGGGGCGCUGGGUGGCGCGGCUUUCCUGGGCACCGCCAUCUUCAUCGAGGGUGACCGCCGGCGGGCCCAGCUGCAUGCGCAGGGGCUCCUGCCCGAGGCGGGGUCCACGGACGACCGCAUUGUGGUUCCCCAGCGAGGCCGCUCCACCCGGGUCCCGGUGUCCAGCGUGCUCAUCUGAAGCUGCGUCACUUUGUCACUCGUCUGUCUGCAGAUCUGCUGCAGCUGGCCCUGGGCCACCCCGCCGGGUUCCCUGGUCCCAGACCCUUGACCUGGCCCAUUUCAGGAGGAGACCCCGGGCUGUGUCCCGCUCCCUGACACUACAUGGGCAUCGCAGAGGAGGAUGGGGUCUGGGAGGGGACAUCCCCUCUGCCUGGUGGCCCCGGGGCUUGGUGCUAUUUGUAAUGGGAAUAAAAUUUGUAGCCAGAC